AGAGUAUGCGUAACUUUUUUUCAACGCAACGCAUAGCGCGCCAGUCGACGGUUGUCUGGCAUCCGAGGCUGCCGCGCGCUCUGAAAAAAAAAACUGUCAAAACAUUAUAAUUUUAAAUUCGUGUGAAACUUUGGGGUGAAACUAGAACAAGAUGAAGGUCCUGCUGUGUCUCACCGUUGCCGUGCUGGUGUGCGGAGCGCUCGCCAAGAACAAGAAGAGCGAAGAUAACAAAGUGAAAAUAGCGCUCUACUACGAAAGCUUGUGCCCCGACAGCAAACGGUUCAUCACGGAGCAGCUGGCCCCCGUGUGGCGGGACUUCAAAGGCUCCGUCAAAGUUAAACUGGUGCCCUAUGGCAAGAGCACGCAUGACAAGGUGAGCGGCAAAUGGCAGUUCACCUGCCACCACGGCCCUGAUGAGUGCUACGGCAAUAAGGUCCAAGCUUGCAUCCUGAAGGACAAAGUCCUGGCUGACACGGAAAAGAUGGACCUGGUCAUCUGCCUCAUGGGACAGGCCAGCCCCGACAAGUCGCUCGACACGUGCCUCGAGAAGAUCAGCAAGCUAUCAGAGUCGACCAAGCUGAAGCAGUGCGCGAGCGGCACCCAAGGAGACAACCUGUUGGCCGGUUACGGAGACAAGACUGACGGCGUGCAGCGCCCUCUGGCGUUCGUGCCUACCAUCGUGGUUAACGAGGUAAGGGACAACCAGGGGGACAGUCAGGGAGACAACCUGUUGGCCGGUUACGGUGACAAGACUGACGGCGUGCAGCGCCCUCUGGCGUUCGUGCCGACCAUCGUGGUUAACGAGGUAAGGGACAACCAGGGGGACAGUCAGGGAGACAACCUGCUGGCCGGUUACGGAGACAAGACUGACGGCGUGCAGCGCCCUCUGGCGUUCGUGCCUACCAUCGUGGUUAACGAGGUAAGGGACAACCAGUGGGACAGUCAGGGAGACAACCUGCUGGCCGGUUACGGAGACAAGACUGACGGCGUGCAGCGCCCUCUGGCGUUCGUGCCUACCAUCGUGGUUAACGAGAAAUUCAACCAAGAAAACCAGGAUGCUGCCUUCGCCAACCUGAAGUCUGUGAUCUGCCGCGUGGCCACCGGCACCAAACCCUCCGCCUGCUAACACUUCAUACAUACAUACAUACAUACACAUUAACUUCAUACAU